UUCUCUCUCAAAUGUUUUAGUUUGAGCACCCAACCUCCCCUUUUGCCUCUUCUGCUUCUUUCUCGACCCCUCAAGAAGGGAAAUUAGUGCCUCUGGAGAGAAGCGUUUUUGUUGGAAGGCCAGUCAAUUCGAGGUCGAGUAUCGUCGUAGCAAUUGGAAUCCGUAUUCUCAUCGGCUCUUAUUCGCCUUCCUUUAGCACCGUCGCAUCUUCCGUCGUCCUCUACAUGGCCCCAACAUUGAGGUGAUCCUUGUUGUUCAAUAAAUGCUGUUUAUUGUACUGAAUUAACGGAAAGAUGCUUUCUGGAGUAAAGUUCAUCCCUCAAGGCCAAGUUGAAGAUGCAGAGCAUGGUUUGGAUAUUGAUUCUCCUUUGGAAAGAAGGGCAAAAUCUAGAAGGAAGGACAGACAUGGGAAGAGAAAGAAGAAAAGCCGCCAUGACAGCUCGGAUGAUGAUGAACUUGAGAACCUGAAACACAAAUCAAGACGCAAAAAGAGUUGGUAUUCAUCAGAGCCUUCUUCAUCCUCUGGAGAUGAGAACAGCAGUUUUGAGAGUGAAGGAAGUGAUGUCAAGAAUAGGAGAAGAAAAAGCAGCAGGCGGAAACGAAGAGACAAGAAAAGUCAAAUUGAUGUUUCUGGUGAAGAAGCAGAUGGCAGACCAAGGAGCAAAUCAAAAGGAAAGAAGAAAGAGUAUUCUUCAGAAGCUUCUUUAUCUGACUCCGGAAGUGGUGAAGAAGGAAAACGCUGUAAUGAGCGCAAAGAUAGUAAAGGAAAAGGUGCUGAUCAAGGCAACAGAGAAAAUUAUAGAAAAGAGAUGGGACUUGAAUGGAUGCUUAGACCUGCUCACAACCAGGAAGUACAACGGCCUGCCCAACAAAUUGAUGCUGAAGAGGAGCCUGCUCUUCAAGAGGAAAAAAGGCCAAAUCCAAGAGAACUAAAUCCAUACCUUAAGGACAAUGGAAGUGGUUAUCCUGAAGAAGCAUCUGUGGAACCUGAUCAGAAUCAGUUUAGUUCAGUUCCAGUUGUUGGUGAUGGUGGUGCAAGUUGGCGACUGAAAGCCCUAAAACGUGCACAAGAGCAAGCAGCCCGAGAAGGAAGAAAGCUAGAUGAGGUAGUUGAAGAGCGGUGGGGUUCUCUUGGGAAGAUGACAGUUUCGCUUGCACGAAACAGAGCUGCUCCCACUCAUGCCCAUCUACGUGCAAUAAGAGAUAGAAAAAGAGGACAUAAAGAAAAUGAUGAACAAUACGUGGAUGCUGAUCAUACAAAGAGUCAUGAUGACAAAGUGCAAAAUGAGAAGCGUGAUUAUCUUAAAGGAAUCUCUGUCCGUAAUCCAGAUAUGAGACAGCCUAAAACACAUGAUUCACUCUCAUGGAGGAAGAAGGACCUGUAUAAAUCUGAAGAACAUGCUGAACUAAUCUCUUCUGCAGCUUCAGGCUUGAAUAAGUUCACGAAUGAUGGUAGCUUCCUGCAGUCGUUUAAUCUUAGACAGCCAAAGGAUGCUGAGGUGAUUGCCACAUCAGCAACUGCAGAUACCACGGAAACUGAAAAGCGUGAGCCACAUUUUGUCUCUACUAACUUUAAUGUUAAUCAAGAAUACAAUUCAACUGGAAGCCACACAAUGAGUGCAAAUCAGUUAGCAGCAAAAGUAUUGCAGCUUCGUAUGAAAGGAAAGCAUGAAGAGGCAGAUGAGCUUUUGAAAGAGUCUGAGAGAACGGCGGAAAUGCAGAAAAAGAAUGAUAAGAAUACUGCCAUGAGUAAUCCUAACAGAUCUGGGUUGACACAAACAUCCAUUCAACAAAAGAAAGCAGAAGAGAAUGUUGACAUGCAUUUGGCCAAGAAAAUCAUGCAGAACAAGCAAUACAAAUCAUCUGAGGCGGCAGACAAUGAGUAUGAAUAUGAUGAUGUUUCAGCUACAAAGCCAAAAAAGAACAGAAAGGCAAUGCAUGGAAAUAACAUAAUUAAGCAUGAAAAUCUUCAAAGACGGAUAUUGACACAGCAAGAGCGUUGCCAGUUCUGCUUUGAAAAUCCAAGUAGGCCUAGGCAUCUAGCCAUAUCAAUAGGAAAUUUAUCGUAUUUAAUGUUGCCUCCUUGGAAGCCGCUUGUGGAAGGGCAUUGCUGUAUUCUGCCGAUGCAGCAUGAAUCAUCCACAAGGAAUGUUGAUGAUGAUGUGUGGAAUGAAUUGCGGAACUUUAAAAAGUGCCUCCUUAGGAUGUUUGCUGAACAGGAGAAAGAUGUUAUAUUCCUUGAAACAGCAAUGGAAUUAUCUCGGCAACGUCGCCAUUGUUUGGUUGAAUGCAUUCCUUUACCACAUGAAAUUGCAAAGGAAGCACCGUUAUAUUUCAAGAAGGCCAUUGAUGAAGCAGAAGAUGAGUGGAGUCAACACGAUGCAAAAAAGUUGAUAGAUACAAGCUUAAAAGGGGGAUUAAGGAAUUCUAUUCCAAAGAAUUUUCCAUAUUUUCAUGUUGAAUUUGGUUUGCAUAAAGGUUUCGUACAUGUUAUUGAUGAUGAGACAAAUUUCAAAAGUGGUUUGGGCCUUGAUGUCAUUCGUGGUAUGCUUGAAUUGCCUGAAGAGGACAUGCAUAGGCGACGACAGUAUGGAUCUCUGGAAACACAGAAGAAUGAUGUAUUGAGAUUCUCCCGAGACUGGGCUCGUUUUGACUGGACCAGAGAACUUGACUAGAAUAAUCAGCUUGGGGUUCAGACUCUGUGUUUGUGGCUCGUACGAUUUGACCUGAAAUUCCCAGGUGAGCCUGCAAUUAUAUUAGUAUACAGGACAUGUGCCAAGAAUUUCCUCCUUAAUUCUUGUGUGGCUUUCAAGUCUUUGUGAUGUACUCACAAGUGCAUGUCAAGCUGCCCCUGGAAUGCAUGUCUUUCAAUAGUGAUGGUAUCGGCUUGACAGUGAAAGAUUGAGAGCUACAUCCUUUAUUCGGGCAUUAUGUUAGACUAAUGAGUUUCUACCAUGUACAUCAGAUAGUUGAUAAGUCUGCCUGCAAUCAUACUACAUUUUUCUUGUCGCUAAAUGAACUGGAGCAUUUUUUUUUAUAACUCGAAUGGACAAUAAUGAAGCCGUUGGGAUGAUUUAUUUACUGACCCUCAAACGGACAUGUAUAUUAGAUUUCUGUGGGGCCUGAUCACAAGCCCGGUGCUUUGGUUAGUUUGCUGAUUUAGUUUUUGGUCUUGGUCGCCUGCUUCAGAUUUGUCGCUGAAAGCUGUAUAAACUUCCUUUUGCUAUGUGGUUUCUGUCCUUGUGCAUUUUUGUUGGUCCACUCGAGAAGCCCAGAAGGAAAGAAGAUAUAAACAUAGAGGUCUAUGGAGUCGAAUUAACAUCCGCAAAUGGCUAUAUAUACUUGGAAGGAUCGUGAACCUUCCUCUAGCUACAGGUUUAGAGAAGCUUCCGCAGGUUUUUUCUGGAAGGCCAGGUUGGGUACUUGAACUGUGGUUCUUGAAGACACUGCUUAUUGGAUUGGUGUUGACUCUAGAAUGGAGGUAGAACUUUUUCAGUUAUUAGUGUUGCUUUGUACCAUGGAGUUAUGCCUGUAAAUUUGCAUUCAUUGCAGGAUGCAUACUGCUGAUUGAUUUUAUCA